CAUCCUCAUCUUCGAUUUGUUGCCCUUGAACGUCAUCAUCACCACCAACUUCACCGUCGCCUACACCAUCAUCAAAUGGGAGGAGCGCGCACUCCCCCGGCGUAGAGGUACGGUGCGCGCUGCAGAUGAAACAUGGCAGGAGACAGCGAGACAAAGCCAGGUGACCAAGCCGAAAAUGACUCAAAUAUUCGGCAGCCAUUCCUCAUCGGUGUGGCCGGAGGGACAGCCAGCGGGAAGUCGUCGGUGUGCAGUAAGAUCAUGGAGCUGCUGGGCCAGAACGAGAUCGACCACCACCAGCGGCAAGUGGCCAUCCUCAGCCAGGACUGCUUCUACAGGGCCCUGACCCCGGAACAGAAGGCUAAGGCGCUCAAGGGCCAGUUCAACUUUGACCACCCAGAUGCAUUUGACAAUGACCUCAUAAUCGCGACCCUGUGGGACAUCAAGGAGGGGAAAACGGUCCACAUUCCUGUUUAUGACUUUGUUUCCCAUUCCAGGAAAGAAGAGACCAUGACACUGUACCCUGCUGACGUGGUGCUGUUUGAGGGCAUCUUGAUGUUCUACUCUCAGGAGAUUCGAGACUUUUUCCACAUGAAGCUGUUCGUGGAUACGGAUGCAGACACUCGUCUGUCACGGAGAGUGCUCCGUGACAUCAGUGAACGUGGUCGGGAUUUGGAAAGCGUUCUAGCCCAAUACAUCACCUUUGUCAAGCCUGCUUUUGAAGAGUUUUGUCUGCCGACAAAGAAAUAUGCUGAUGUGAUAAUACCGAGAGGAGUUGACAACAUUGUUGCAAUAAAUCUCAUCGUUCAGCACAUCCAGGACAUUCUGAACGGCGGUUUGACCAAACGGCUGAACGGGUGGUUCAGCGGUUAUGGGACGGAGAAGAAGCAGCCGAACAUAGAGUCGAGCAGUCGGCCCCACUGAAGCUCAUCACUCCUUCAGGGAAGAGGAGAAUGGUUUGCCUGAGUGUGCUGCUCUUCGUCAUGGCUACUGCAACAAGGCAGCAUAACUUCCGGGAAUUCAAAAAGCCUCCUUUUGGUGCGAUUCUGCUUAGACUUAUUCAAAUGAAAGGAGGCUUUGUGGAGCUGGUUCGCAGCAGAGGUAUUCAGUUAAAAUUUUCUCUUUAACUUGUGUACUGGAUGACACUGAUCGAGGGAGGAGUGAAAAAAGGCACUCACUUUUAAUUUCAUUUCAAACUGCUGCUUGCCUUUAAUCCAGCACGGAGCUGGAGAAACUGUCUGCAAAAAGAUUCACACACUCGACAGCCUUUAACGAUCCAAUAAAUGAAGUGAAGUGACAUGCUGCUGAUUCCCCGUAUCAGUGCAAACUAACAUUUUUCUUUUUCAAGAUCUGUUUAAAAAUGAUUAAACAAAAAGCUCAGCUGAAACAACCAAUUUAUGCCUCAAACACCCGAUGUACUACAUCACCGCCAAAGAUGGUCUUUGUGGACUAAAUAUGGAGUUUAAUUUUGCAUUUACCCAUUUAAUAUUACGAAAUCAGGAAAAUUUAUCAUUUUAAGAAAUUACCACAAAGUAUAAUUUUUCCUUGUAACUGUCAGAUGCAUGUUAAGAUGUUUUCAUUAAAAGAAGAUGGACUGAACUCUAAAAGGAGAUCGAUUUAAUAUGAUCUGCGUGUUCUGUUAAGGUUGUUUAAUGCAGUUUCUUUUCUGUAUGUUUGACUGCUCAGGUACUGUUAUUUUCACCUUUAAAAGCUUCUUUAAUGAAGACCGUUCUGUGUUGUGUUAUUCUUGAUGUCACAAAUUGAGAGAGAAGUGCCACACGCUGCUUAGUGCUGUAGAGGCAGCAAAGAUAUGGAGUGGCAUUUUAUGUCUGCGUUGUGAUAAAAUGCCCCAAAGAGCCCUUAAAAGUUUUUUUGCAAGUAAAAUGUGAACCUUAAAUGGAUUGUUUUCCUCACAGCUGAGUCCUGUAGGUUGACUCCAUACUGAAUGGUGUGCAGCCAGCAUUAACAGUGGGUGUGCUCUGGGGCACAAGCAUGUGCUCCAAAUGGAAGAGGUGUCACAAUAAAAUGAUGUUCGCUUGUGUCAGAUCAA